AUGGCGAAUGAGAAGAUGCUUCCAGCCCAAGAGGCUGCUAAAAUCUACCACACCAAUUAUGUGAGAAAUGCCAGAGCCAUCGGCGUCCUGUGGGCGGUUUUCACCAUAUGCUUCGCCAUCAUUACUGUUGUCGUCUUCAUUCAGCCAUAUUGGAUUGGUGACAGUGUUAACACCCCGCAGGCUGGAUACUUUGGGCUUUUUCACUACUGUAUUGGCAACCCCAUCACCUCUGAAUUGGUCUGUAAAGGAAGCGUGUUUGAUUUUGGCUCGAUCCCCUCUGGGGCUUUCAGGACUGCUAUGUUUUUUGUAGGCACCUCAAUGCUCCUUAUCGUAGGCACCAUUGUGUGCUUGGGUCUUUUCUUCUUCUGCAACUCCGCAAGUGUGUACAAGAUAUGCGCAUGGAUGCAAACAUCUUCAGCUGUGUUGAUGGUGAUGGGUUGUAUGAUUUAUCCGGACGGGUGGGAUGCUCCGGAGGUAAAGCGAAUGUGUGGCGAGCGGACGGACAAGUACACGCUGGGGAACUGCACUGUUCGCUGGGCUUAUAUUCUAGGCAUUAUCAGCAUCCUGGACGCAGGGUUACUGGCACUGCUUGCUUUCACUCUGGGCAACCGGCAAGACAAACUGCUGCCAGACGACUUCGAGGUGGAGGGAGCAAACAACGGAUGAGAUAAGAGAAAUAAAACCUUAAUCCAACAGAAGAUCUAAACUGCAGUGGACAUGGAACUGGAUAUUUUUACAAAAGAAAAUGUAAUCAUAAAAUUGUAAACCUAAAGAAAAACAGUUUCAAUUAAAUUCAAAUGUAUGUAUAUGCAUAGCACAUUUCAUAAUAAAUAU